AAAGUAAAACGAAAUUUCCAGCUAUUGAGCCCUACUAAAUAUAAAACUAUAAAUUCUCCUCUCUUUUCUCUUUUUCCGUUUUCUAAAAGCCAAUACUUCUGGAUUUCCUUUUACUGUUCCCUUCUCCCUCUCUCUCUUCCAACCGGAAAACCUCUUCUUCUCGCCGGAAAACCACUUUUCCGUUUACCGGUUAACAAAGUAACCGGUGAAUUCAAACGCACUCAUUCUUUCUCGUUUUUCGUGUAACUGAGUUUAUUCGGUUGGUGGAAUCGGUUUGAUCUCUGAGUUUGACACGUGUCGUGUAGUGUUAAGGGAAUGUGGCGAGUAUAAGGAGGUUUUUUUGGCAUUUUGUGCUCUAGAUCAGGAUCUAGGGCUUGACUGACGGUUAUAUUGUUGUUUUUGGUAAUUUUUUGAUUUUUUUUGUCUGUGAAGAGUGAGUAAAGACGAAGAAGAGUAGAGAAAAGCCUCGUAAUGAGAUGGUGGAAGGGAGAGUCCGCAUGUCGAGGGAGGCUAAAUUAGAAUUUUUGAAGCGAAAGAGGCUUCAACGAAUGAAGACAGAAUCUUUGAAUGAUCUUGGUUGUGUCAGCAAUAUGCUGAAUAGAAGUGGAGGAGAUGCCCUAAGAUCUUCUGCUUCAUGUGGUGUUAGAAUCCAGGUUAAUACCGAUACAUAUCCAGGAUCUGGGGCUUCUUUUAAUGGAAAAGAUGUUUUCUCAAAGCACAAGGUUGCAAAGUUUGACACCUCCAAUCUCGACUGGAUUGAUAAAAUUCCAGAAUGUCCAGUAUACUAUCCAAAUAAGGAGGAGUUUGAAGAUCCUUUAGUUUAUCUCCAGAAGUUAGCUCCUGAAGCUUCAAAAUAUGGUAUAUGCAAGAUUGUUGCUCCAAUAACAGCUUCUGUUCCUGCUGGAGCUGUUUUGAUGAAAGAGCAUGCUGGUUUUAAAUUUACUACUAGGGUACAGCCACUUCGUCUAGCCGAAUGGGACACAGAUGACAAGGUCACCUUUUUCAUGAGUGGGAGGAAUUAUUCAUUUCGAGAUUUUGAGAAAAUGGCGAACAAGGUAUUUUCUCGACGAUAUUAUAGUUCUGGAUGCCUUCCUCCUACAUACUUGGAAAAAGAAUUUUGGCAUGAAAUAGCUUGUGGAAAGACUGAUAGUGUGGAAUAUGCCUGUGAUGUUGAUGGUAGUGCGUUUUCAUCUUCUCCCAAUGAUCCACUCGGGACAAGCAAAUGGAAUUUGAAGGGACUUUCUUGGUUGCCUAAAUCAAUACUGCGACUCCUUGAAAAAUCGAUCCCGGGAGUUACUGAACCUAUGUUGUAUAUUGGAAUGCUCUUUAGUAUGUUUGCUUGGCAUGUGGAAGACCACUACUUAUAUAGUAUCAAUUAUCAGCACUGCGGGGCAGCAAAAACUUGGUAUGGUGUUCCAGGUCAUGCAGCACUUGACUUCGAGAAGGUUGUGAGGGAGCAUGUUUAUACCAAUGAUAUCUUAUCAGCUGAUGGAGAGGAUGGAGCUUUUGAUGUGCUUUUGGGGAAGACAACAUUGUUUCCUCCUAAUAUCUUGUCAGAGCAUGGUGUACCUGUGUAUAAAGCUGUUCAAAAACCCGGAGAAUACGUAGUAACUUUUCCUAGAGCGUAUCAUGCAGGGUUUAGUCAUGGUUUUAAUUGUGGUGAGGCGGUUAACUUUGCAACUGGUGAUUGGUUUCCUAUGGGUUCAAUUGCUAGCCGUCGCUAUGCACUCCUGAACAGGGUGCCUUUACUUCCCCAUGAGGAACUUCUCUGCAAAGAAGCAAUGCUUCUGUGUACGAGUUUGGAACUGGAAGAUCCUGACUAUUCCUUUUCAGACUUGACCACUCAUCAUAGCAUCAAAGUUUCUUUUUUGAAUUUGAUGCGGUUUCAGCAUCGUGCUCGUUGGUGCCUGGCAAGGUUAAAAGCAUUUUCAGGCAUAUCCUUAUUCGCACAUGGUACCAUUCUUUGCAGCAUAUGCAAGCGUGAUUGUUAUGUAGCUUAUCUUAACUGCAACUGCUAUGCUCAUGCGGUGUGCCUUCGCCACGAUCCUAGGUCACUUGAUUUUCCUUGCGGCAGCAGUAGAACCCUUUGCCUAAGGGAAGAUAUAUUGGACAUGGAAACUGCAGCUAGACAGUUUGAGCAGGAUAAGGUGGUUUUGCAUGAAGUUCAACAGCAAUCUAGAAAAACCGAUGACUUUUCUCUUCUUUUAAACUUGUUUCCACGAGCCGAGGAAGAUGGUUAUGUUCCAUAUUGUGAAAUCAAUUUUGAAUGGGCAGAGGACUCAGUUGAACAGCAGACAAUUUAUGAGCAAGGAUCCAAUGCUUCUGCCCCAGUUGUGUCUGAUCUUGACUCUUCAAUGGAGCCAAAAGAUAACCUUUCCACUGGUGUUAAUGUAGGAAAUGCUAACUGUAACUUAGGAGAUAGUGCAACAAUGUACUUCCACGGUGAUGUUUCUAGUUGUGGGAGUGAAAGAUCAGAGAUCUCAUCCAGUGAUAACAAUUUUAAAGUUCAUCAGAAAGUAGCUCAUGAGGCAGAUCGUAAAACUGUUAUAGAUCAAGACAGUGAUGAGUCUGAUACAGAAAUUUUUAGGGUGAAGAGACGUCCUAGAGCAGAACAUAGAAGCGUACAAGAUUCAAUGUCUAUCAACAUGGAGAACCAGAGUUUUAAAAGAUUAAAGAGACAUCAAUCAGGACGGGUCGGGCCAUUGUGUUUGCCAGAGUAUUCCUCGGCUAAUGAUAUAAAUCAUAGAUCUAUUGCUAUUUCUAGCCAUUCUAAAGAAGCAUUGGACUCUCAUCCCAGAGACAAGUCAAUAAGAGGUGGUACAGUUCCGGUCUCCAUUAAGUUGAAGAAAGCGGCUGCUAAUGAAGAGGCAUUGAGCAAGCAAGAUGAGAACAAGAGAGAUCACGGGUUCCAGUUCGAAUUGGGGCAAAGUAUGAGGGAACAACCCAGAACAGAGAGUGGGUCGAAGCGAUUGAAAGUUAGAGGUCCUUCAGUUUUAGGGUUUGGAGGCAGGAUGGAUUGAAUGAAUAGGUAGCUAACUGAAAAAAGUAAAAAGCAUCUUGGCUUGCUUGCCCCUGGAAGGUGGUGGCUUAUAGAACCUGACUUUGCUAACACAUAUUCUCUAACGGGGAGCUAACAACACAAUAUAAAAGCUAAGCAUUUUGGAAGGGCAGCAGCAAUGCAACUUUUAACUCAAGCUUUAGAUUAAAGAGGUAUAUUCUUUGUGCAGGCCUUUAAAGUGGGGCAACAAGCACACUGGUGAUUCUUAUGGUUCUCAGGCCUUGGCAGGAGAACCUCUCUCCUUUUCCACUGGCAGAUAGUAGAUUUUGGGUUAUUGAAUUCUCUCAUGUACAUUUUAUUUUGGUUAACAAAUUGAUCCGAUUCUUGUGAGGUGCAAAUGGGUAUUCCCACUAGCCCUCUGAUUUAAUGUGAAGUCUGCUGCCUCCCUAGUUAGGGUUCAUUAUUCUUUUUGUAGCUACGGGUCUUCUUUUGGCUUGAGACUACAUGAAUAAAUACAUAGAAUUUUUUUCCUUUGCAACCUUUA